UUUAUCUCUGCUUUCCUUUCUUCUGGAUUUGGUGGUACCAAACGCAGCCUUAGUAAUAUAAUAUAGUGCGAAGAGGAGAGAGAGAGAGAGAGAGAGAGAGAGAGAGAGAGAGAGAGAUGGCGUCGGUGGUGAAGAAUGUGAUCAGAUCGGUGAGAGAAAAGGGUUUCGGUGCCUUCCUCAGAGAGCUCAAGGAUGAAGGCUACUUGAGGUGCCUUCCGGAUGGAAAUCUCUUGCAAACCAAGAUCCACAAUAUUGGGGCAAGGCUUGUUGGUAUUGAUAAAUUUGGUAAUAAGUAUUAUGAGAAACUUGAAGACACACAAUAUGGAAGGCACAGGUGGGUUGAAUAUGCAGAGAAAACUAGGUAUAAUGCCUCCCAGGUUCCACCUGAAUGGCAUGGCUGGCUCCACUUCAUAACUGAUCACACAGGAGAUGAGCUUCUUUUACUGAAACCAAAAAGGUAUGGUGUUGAGCACAAAGAAAAUUUGUCUGGAGAAGGUGAGCAGUAUAUAUAUCAUUCCAAGGGACAUGCACUUAAUCCAGGGCAGAGAGACUGGACCAGUUACCAAUCAUGGGAGUCCAAGGCCUGAAACCGUGAAUAUGAUGCAUCUUUGAGUGACAGAUGUUCUGGACGUUUGUUUUUUUCCCCUCGAAAAAUGGUUUUGCCUUCAUUUCGUGUAGUGGGGAGCAGUUUUUUUUUUUUAAACAAUAAAAUGAAUUAUUUGCUGUGAAAACAGACAAUUGGCUUUGAUCGUUAAAAUUUUCUAAUUAUACUGUCACCACCCCAUGUAUGUGAUCCUGUUAAAAGUAUUUGUUCGUAUUUACAAUAAUCUUUUACAUAAUCUAUUAUUCGUAGAACUACUUUUUUGAUUAAAUUGACUGAUGCAGAGUUUGUAAUUAUUAAACUAAACACUUUAUUUGAAAUUUUUUUCGCACAUCUCUUGCUUUAUGUCAUGUAGUAUACGAACAUCUAAUAUUUUGAAAAAUAAUACUUCCGUUU